CAGUAAUUGCCUCCUGUCCGUUGCCUUUUCAAGUUCCCAAUAAUGAAGAUUACUUCCUUCCUCAGACAUCUUUUAAGUUCCAACAGACCAGUUAUAAUGUUAUCCAAACAGUUCAGCCAUCCAUUUUUAGCGAGCUGUCUCUGUGUUUAUCAUCUGACGGGUCAUACAGGUUUGUGUGACUUAGCCAGGUGCUGCUAUGUGUUUCUGUGACUUUAACAUAACUUUCAUGGCCAUGGACACUGUUUGUUUUGAAAUCAGAAGGCAGAGGUAGCAACAUGUACUGGGUGGGUCGGAAAGGUGUGGUUUUCUGUUUGUGGCAUCUUCAGUGUGUCUGAUAUGAAGUGAACCGUGGACUGUCUAAUUGAUUGAGUUUAAAUUCAAAUUCUGUACAGUGUACAUAGGCCUUUAUGCAUUUGUGAUAGAUGCAAUUGGGACUAUUUGACUAAGCUUCGAAAAAGCCAUUCUAAAAACUUAAGCAAGGCAUAUAUGUCCCUACAGCAGUACAAAAGCACUCUGUUGACUGAUUCUAGGAGAUGACAGUGGUUUUUUGUUCAGUAUCACAGGGUCAGGGGUGACCGGGGGAAGGCUUGUGCUGAGGUUAGGGGUUGGUAAAGGAUCUCUAAAGAUGCAGAGAUCUAAACCUUUCAAAAAAAAAAAAAAAUGCUGUGCGCACACAGUAUUUCUGUAAACUUUCUCAAUGAACUUCUGAGUAGCUUCCUAGAGCCACACCAUCUUUUAUAAUUUAUUAUAAUCAUUUUUCAAAAGGAUUUGUGUGAUGCUAUUAGAGAAACAUACUUUGGUGUUCCACGGUGAAAAGAAAAACAAGUUUGGAAUGACAGGAACAUGAGAUUUUGAAUGAAUUUAUACCUUAAGUAUAAGCACCUUUUUAAAAUGUAUAAACAUCAGAUUUUUUUUAUUUUUUUUCAAUCCAUGCAUGUGGUAUAUUGUUGUGCAUGCAUGUUGUGUAAAUAUCUAAGCCAAGGGCUCAUUCUGUCAGUAAGCACUUCCCAUUUUGAGAUCUGUUUCUUUAAGAGAAGUGGGAGGAGGAGUGUGGACAGGCUCUGGGUUUUGAACGCCUCUUUUUUUUUUAAACAGAACUUCCUCUCUCUCAAGAGUUUGGCAUUUCCUCUGAGCUCACACACUGAGAGCCUGCUCUCCCGUUUCACACAGUACUCACUUGUGUCAAAAGGGGGGAUUUUCAAACAUCCUGAACGAGAGGACUUCUCUUGCCCUCGGCAGACGCUGCAUCUGCAAAGAAACUUCACUUGGCAAACUUCCUCUUACACAACGGUUUCUGCUCGAGAGGACUAAAAGAACAGUUCGGACUUGUUUUCAGCAUCUGGAUUAGUGGCUAAGCAUGGGCUAGUCCCACAUUUUCCCACAUAGCUGGAGUGGACUGGAGGAGGAGGAUGAGCGUUUACACUCUCAACCUCAAGUUGUUCUGGCCGCUGGUCACUUGCAUCUUCACCGCUUUGCUGCUACUGCACCAGUACAUCAUCAGAGGAUCUGAGGACCAUGGGAACGACUGCUCUGAUCAGGGACCUGGAGCUGUUACACUCUUUAAGUACAUCUUAGCAUUUAUCUUAUGUUACUUCUUUAUAAAGUACUGCUCAACUCAACCUGGCCCUGCUAGGGGGGCUUUCCACAAAGUCCCAGAGGGGCAGGGAAAAUUGGGUGUCUCCAAGAGAGAGCUACUGGACGAUCACUACGAGAGGCAUGUGCGUCUCUCUCCACAUGUGCUGGGCCACAGCAAAGCCCACGUUGCCAAGCUGGUGAGUGAACUUGUAAGGGUGGGUCGCACCAAUGUCCCGCCGGAGUCUUCACUGGCCUUCCGGGGUGACUUCAUCCAGAUCGGCAGUUCCUAUGAGGAGCACAAGGUGGGCUCACCUGACUGCUUCGACAUCCUUGUGCCUCUGCGGGAACCUCGUGGGCUGAAACUGGAGGCCAGUGUUUGCACUGACAAACAUGGAGGGCCACCGCUGUGCACGCUGAACACGCCUCGCAAGGCAGAGUGGGCACGUCGCCACAAGGCCUUCACGGACACGUUUAUGCACUUGCACAAUGCUCAAAGUGUCUAUAGGAUGAGCCCAGAUUCCGUACAGCGCUGGUUUUACACAGCCACCCAGCGCUGCCUUGCUACUUUCCGUUACAUGUUUGAGCAGCGCUGCUCCCUCAGCCUGUCUCUGAGUGAGGAGCAGCAAGUGCUCCUCCAUCUGACACCCCGCUCUGAUUAUGUCUGCUGCCACAUCUCAAUGGGCGUUCGGCUGAUCCCAGCCUUUCCUCUCAGUGAUGGUGCCUUCUUGGUGGCAUCCCGGCGGGGUCAGCGAGGAGAAGACCUUUGGACAGUGUACUUUCCCAGGCAAGAGCAGAAACUGUUAGCAUGGCUGAAGGGUAGACUGCCCUCCAACUCCUGUCAUCUGAAAUGCCUUCAACUCCUAAAAGAGGUACGUAACCUCAGUGGGGAGACGCUGGACUUGAAGUUCGGAGCUGAAUGGGGAGGAGUGCUUUCGUCCUAUGCUCUGAAGACAGCUUGGCUUUGUCUGCUGCUCAGUACACCCCCUGAGGCCUGGGACGAGUGCAACCUUGUGGACCGGCUGGAUGAUCUUCUUCGCAGUCUAAGGGAGAGCCUACAGUCUCGUGCUCUUUGCCAUUUACUCCUCGGAGGCGUUAAUGGACUUCUGCCAGACUCUGUCGCUCUGCCCAAACUUGUGAAGGAGACGGUACCCUCCAACCUGUGGGCAGAAUUUAGUGACAUCACCCUCGAUAUGGUCUCCGCCCGACUGGCUUACUCGUGGAACCACCUCCCUCGCCUAAUUCGCCUCGGGCGACCGCAGAGAACCAGCCUUGGCAGAGGUGUUCAAUGCAAAUAUAUUGAUGCAGAGUAAAGGUCAACUAUGAUGUUGUUGAACACACAUCGAUAGCUUGCUACAUCUU